CCCUCCGAGUCGGAAAACCAUCAUAGAGCGAGACGCGGAGUGAGAGAGAUCGAGAGAGUGAGUGAGUGAGCGAAGAUGUUUCUCCGAGCGGUGGCGCGGCCGCUGAUGGCGAAGGUGAAGGCUUCGACGGGGAUCGUGGGUCUGGACGUGGUGCCGAACGCGAGGGAGGUGCUGAUAGGGCUCUACAGCAAGACUUUGAAGGAGAUCGAGAAGGUUCCAGAAGACGAAGGGUACCGCAAGGCGGUGGAGAGCUUCACGAAGCACAGGCUCAGCGUCUGCCAGGAGGAGCAGGACUGGGAAGCCAUCGAGACACGCCUCGGUUGCGGCCAGGUCGAGGAACUCAUCGAAGAGGCUCAGGAUGAACUCAAACUCAUUUCCUACAUGAUCGAGUGGGAUCCUUGGGGUGUUCCAGAUGAUUACGAAUGUGAGGUGAUUGAGAACGAUGCACCAGUUCCCAAGCAUGUUCCUCUCCACCGACCUCCUCCUCUCCCUAAAGAAUUUCACAACACACUAGAGGCACUUGCAUCUCAAUCGGGAAAAGAUACUCCUGCUGUCAACUCUAGUGAAUCACCAUCAAAGGCAUGAUUUGCAGUCAGAUUAGAGCUUUGGUUUUUCACUCUGAAUAUAUUUAUCAUUCCUUUGCAUUAAACUGUUCGCAUGAAGUGGUUUCAGACUCAUCAGUUUUUGUUGGGGAAAACUUUGGCUCCUCAAUAACUUGAACAAUAUGAAAUAACAAGAACUCUUUUUUCACUUUACAAGUAUAUAUAAUGCAUAAAACAUAUCCAUUAUUAAUAGUCUUUAAUUUAUUUAUUUA